UCCCAGAUUCAAAGUCUAAUUCACUGAGAACAAAAAGAAGGGCUAAUAAACGCAGCUUCGAUCUCAUUCCCUCCCCUCCACAAAAAGAAAAAGAAAUUCAUCAAAAUCGAUUGAAAAUCUGAGGGAAUGAGAACCAAUUGCUGCCACGUUUCGUUUGCUUUUGUUCUCAAGUUAUUGAAUUCUCUCCAAGGUUUCGUUGGAGUAUCCAUUAUUCUCUAUUCAAUAUGGAUGUUGGAUCAGUGGAGCCAUCACGUCCCAAUAUCUCCUCCUCCUCCUCCUUCAGCGCCGUCUCCGGUUUCUUCUGUUUCCAAUUCGAUCCUCUUCAAUUCGGGACCGGAGAUGGGAGAACAAGCAGCUAGGGUUUUCGACGAUUUUGCUGUCGGUUUGGUUUCCGGGUUGGACAAUGAUGUCGGGUUUAAUUUGAGCUCAGUUGAACUACCUGCUCCCUGGUUCAUAUACUCUUUUAUGGGAAUAGGAAUUACGAUAUGUUGUAUUGCUCUCAUUGGUUGCAUAGCUGCUGAAUCUAUUAACGGAUGCUGCCUUUGUUUUUAUACACUUCUCAAAAUUAUUCUCGUUCUAAUAGAAGCUGCUUUGGUAGCAUUUAUUGCAAUUGACCGUAGCUGGGAGAAGGAUCUUCCGUUUGACCCAACUGGAGAAAUUGAUAACUUCCGAUCCUUUGUUGAAGACAACAUUGAUAUAUGUAAAUGGGUUGGCAUCAGUGUGGUCAUUAUUCAAGCAUUAGCAAUGCUAGUGGCAAUAAUUUUGCGGGCAAUGGUUUCUGCUAGAAGAAGAGACAUCGAUGAUGAAGAUGAAGAUGAUUAUGAAAGCAUUAGAGGUAGAACUUGGGAGCCAUUGCUAAACCCUCAGUCUAGCCACUCAUCUACCUCAGCCAAGGGUGACGGAAGGGGAUCUCGCUCUGAUGUCUGGGGCUCACAAAUAAGAGAAAAGUUCGGGUUGCAAAGCGGUGAUAAAUAUAAUUCACUGAAGUAGAACGCAUCUGCAAGUAAGAAGACGAAGUAGAACGAUGGCAGUAUCGUUCGUAUUUCAAAUUGAUCAAGUACAUAUCAUUGCACUCUACUCCUUUAAAUUCUUUCCUUUUGUGGACAAAGUUUGAUGUGAUUUGUAUAUAGGUCAUCGGACUCGAUUUCGCUGUAUUACUUUGUAAUGGUGUUCAUGAUUGAAUCGGGUGUGUAACUGAUGAAGCUUGUUUGUUGAGUCUAAUAUUGCAAUUCUCAUUUGUCAUUUAAAA